GACAAGUGUUUGUGCGUGUUCGUUUGUUUGUGUUUGAGUUGUUUAAAUUUAAUUAUUAAAGUGUUGUAAUAUAAUCUCGUUGUGUUUUUCCAGACUCUUAAUCUGCACAUAAAAAUAAUUCGUCAUGAAAGAAGCUGACUUGUAACCCACCUGAUUGUAUUUAGCCUACCUACUGCGAUAGACAGACCUUUGAAGGAUGAAGCACAGUUAUUCCAGCCACUACAAGACAUUACACUGCAGCUCUUUAUAUGGGUCCUGUGUCCGGUCCAAGCUGUGAGAGCGGAGGAAUCAGAUACAAGUUGGGAAAAUGCGUGGUGAGUUUUCAGGAGCUACUUACUGGAUUUUGCCUUAUGCCAGGGAGAAAAGACCCAGGGUACUAUAAAUAAUGUACGAGUAAAUAUACAACUGAAACAAAAUGAUUGACAUGGAAUUUAGGUUUGAAUGCAUGUAAUUUCAGGGUGGCAUAACAUCUGAUCAUCUGACGGAAUAAGUGUUAAAUCACUUUAUUGUGGUUGGAGAGAGAGCUUUAUAUUUAUAUAUUUUGCCAAGUAAUGAUGGAUAAACUUUAGGUUUGAGAAGCUCAUGAGAUGUUUUUAGAACUGGUUUUACAUCGUUACGAAGUUGAAAAAUGUAUUGUGGAUUUGAGAGCUUUUGUAUUAACAGCUUUCUUUCCCUUCAUGCAUUCAUAUCUUGUAGUUUCUUAAAACGAAUGGCUGAGUGAAAAUCUGGUAUGAUGACAAAAAGACCCUUUUCUGUGAAACUCGUACAUUAUCAGACAUCAUGGCACAGAUUACCCCACACUCCCCCUAAUAUUCUUGCCCUGGUCUCUCUCUCUCUCUCUCUCUCUCUCUCUCUCUCUCUCACUCUCUCACUCUCCUGACCACAAAAGAAAGAAAUCAUUGAGUUUUUCCCUUUUUAUAAACACUCCCUCCCCUUUCAGUAGUCUCCAAAUAGGGACACAGACUUUCAGGUUCCCAAACUUUGUUGGAAGAAGUGAAAAGAAGUUUAAGGCAGACUUUGUGUACUCUGUUUCUCUGCCUCUGAAUGGCAAAGUAAAGAACAGCGCUUUGAACAUUUUGACCAGACACAUGGCUCUACCUUGUGACACGGCAGAAGAUUCUGGCAAAGCGUGCUGAACGACCACAAAAUCCAAAAGUGCUCACACUGUGGAAAAGAGCUGCUGUCUUCCCUCGAAGACAGAUAUCGCAUUUCACACAUUUCCAGAUGUUGAAAGGAGUGUUGGGACACCCUGGAGUAAGAUAUUGUAUGAGGUCAGAGCUUUGCACCAGUGGUGACUGUGUGGAAAAAGUCUGUCCAGCUUUGAGGGGCUCAAGAGGGACCUCACAUUUGCCAUCGCUUGGGUUCUCAUCCAUCACUCCGUCAAGUCCCAGGUCAUAGAGGUUACUUCCUCUUCUGGGUCAUGAAGAGGCUUCACUCUACUCUGGGCACUUGGCUCUUCACACUCCUAGUGAUGCUAGUCUACUGCCAGAGUGGUGAUGAUGGAGAGUGGGGAUCAAGUGAAGUCUCUGGGACUGCAGUCACUGGCAAUUCCUCCGCUUCAGUCGUCCAUGCAGUCGGGGAUGAGCCAGACAGGACCAGGCCAGUUUUUCAGACCCUGCCAGAGACAGAAGGCGGUGACUGUUAUGUUCACUUUCACACAAGCCAAGUCAUGUCAAGGCGGUUACGAGCUUUCAGAGAGGAAGUUGCUUAUCUGAAGGCCCUUCAACAUGGGAACCAGGCAGUGAUGGAGAACCUGGUCCAGUUUGUAGGAGCAGAAAUGGGAGAUCAACACUACGAGGAGGUGAUCCAAGAGAACAUUGCUGGAAUCAGGGAGGAUCAUGUGAGCUGUGAGAGUGUGGUCACUAAAGCAGCAGAGGAGUUGGAGAGUCAACUGGAAGGAGAUGCUCAAGCCACUUUGGCUGGAAUUCAGAAAAUAAAAGAGGAGUCCCUUGCCUUUGAAGAAAUGCUGCGUACCACGACAGACAUCGCCUCUCGACUGGAGAGCUCCUCACGAGCCCUGCAUGUGGAGAUGACUGAACAGCUGAGGAAGAACAUGAGACAGCUGCGCGAAACUAAAUGACUCGGUGGGAAGCCAUCCAACCUGGAACAACAGAUAAAAGUAUUAUAUGGCAUGUCACAUCUAUAUUAAUCCACAAUGUUUUAAUGACAGUAAAAACAAUGUUGUCACCUUAAACAGUCCAUAUGUGGACCAUUUGACUUGAAUUAAUUGCAUUUUUUAAUAUUUUAUCUCCCUUACUAUGUUUUUGGGAAAGGGCACUGUUGUCAGAGAAUAGACUAAAACUCCAACUAUAUUUUUCUCUCUUGUCUGAUGUUCAUUUGUGAGCCAUAUUGAAAAUAUAAUGGCUAUGUGUACAAGGAAACAUGAUUAUGAUGAAACAUGAUGAAAAAAAAAAUUAUUCUGGCUGUGAGGUGAUAUCUUAAAAGAAUAUUCUCUUUCCAAGUUCAGACAACCCCACAGCUAUGGUCUGGCUGUCUGGGCGCUAGGGAGCAGAUGGUGAAAAGACUGUAUGAGGCUCUGGAAAUCAGCAAGCAUGAACUCGCAUACAUUGGAGAGAGAGAGAGAGCAAGAUGGAAAAAUAAAAAAUAAAUGAAAAAAAAAGACAUGGCAGUGAUGUCCCUGAGGAAUAAAUAAAAACAUGCCUUGCAGCUUGGAGCCAGAAUCUAAAGAAUCAGGACAAGAAA